AUGGGGGCUGAGAAGAUCUUAUGUAUAGCAGAUCUGGAAGAAGCAGCUUCAAAGAUCCUCCCAACGUCGACUCGAGAUUUCUUCAACUCAGGCGCAACUAAUCAAGUCACUGUUCGCGAGAAUUCCUCAGCAUACAAAAAGUAUCGCAUCUUGCCUCGUGUCCUCAAGGAUGUCUCCAAGGUCAGCACCAAGGUCAAUCUGUUCAACCGAGACAUCACAUUUCCUCUAUGCGUAUCUCCUGCUGGACUCCAAUGCAUGGCCCACCCGGAUGGAGAGUUAGCAACCAGCAGAGCAUGUGCUAGUAUGGGCGUCAACAUGGGUAUAUCCUCUUACGCUAACCACUCAGUGGAACAAAUCACUUCGGUUGGGGCGGAGAUCGGACCAAUCCAUCAUGUCAUGCAGCUAUACUCCAUGAUCGACCGUGAGAAAGAAGCACGCAUCAUUCGACGAGCAGAAGCCUCCGGCUGCAAAGCGAUAUUCCUCACUGCAGAUAGCCCUGUUUUGGGAGUCCGGUAUAACGAGUGGAGGAAUGGCUUUCAACCUCCGCCGGGCUUGGGGUACCCCAUGAUUGAAAAGACGUCUGAACAGAUUCAACAAGAAUCGCAUGAUGAUGGCUUCAGCUCGUUCAACUCGGACUCGCACUCUUGGGCAAGAGAGAUCCCCUGGCUUCGAAGCAUCACGAAGAUGGAGAUUUGGAUCAAAGGUGUCUUGACGCCUGAAGACGUUGAGACGGCGAUUGAAUACGGCUGCGAUGGUGUGAUUAUCAGCAACCAUGGGGGACGACAACUUGAUGAGACACCAGCGACUAUUGAUGCUCUUCCUGCGUGUGCAAAGGCCGCUCGGGGUCGGAUUAGAAUUCAUAUCGACGGAGGUAUCAGGUCUGGUACUGAUAUCUUCAAAGCGCUGGCGCUGGGAGCGGAGUGCUGCUGGGUCGGGCGACCUAUGCUUUGGGGGUUGGCAUAUAACGGUCAGGAAGGUGUCGAGAAGAUGCUUGAGAUCCUUUAUAACGAAUUCAAACGAUGCAUGCAGUUGGCAGGAUGCACGUCUGUAUCUGAGAUCAGCUCGCCAAGUCUUGGAAUUGUUCGAUCAGACGGGCCACUUGCACGACUUUGA